UCUCCAGUGAGGAAUUCAGCUAAGGCAAAUAGGAUCAAGCGAUUGAAGUGCACUGCUAGACUUCACUCCUUCUCUCAACAAAGGCGGCAGAAACUUUGUGCAGUUCCCCAAGAAGCAGAAGUAUGGACAACUGGGGGUACGCUGACCACAAUGGUCCUAAGGUUUGGCAUGAAUUGUUUCCUCUUGCUAAUGGAGAGCGUCAAUCACCUAUUGAUAUCAUAACUAAAGCUGCCAUCUAUGAUCCUAGUUUGCCACCUAUCAACGUUGACUAUGAUCCAUCUUCUGCAAAACGUAUUAUGAAUAGUGGUCAUACAUUCACUGUUGAAUUUGACGAUGGAGAAGAUAAAUCAGUGAUAAGAGGAGGACCCUUGCAUGGCAGCUACAGAUUGCAACAAUUUCAUUUUCACUGGGGGCCUUGUGAUGAUUAUGGUGCAGAGCAUAAAGUGGAUGGAAGAGAUUAUCCAGCAGAGCUUCACAUUGUCCACUGGAACGCUGAAAAAUUUUCAAGCUUUGUGGAGGCCACUCAAAAUCCAGAUGGCUUAGCUGUUUUAGGAAUAUUCUUAAAGAUUGGAGAACAUAACAAGAACCUGGAAAGGAUUACAGAUGCCUUCGAAAAGAUCAAUUUUAAGGACAAACAGUCUUCCUUUACAAAUUUUGAUCCAUCAUGCCUACUUCCCGACUGCAAGGAAUUCUGGACUUACCCAGGAUCGCUUACCAUUCCCCCACUGCUAGAAAAUGUAAUAUGGAUUUUAUUGAAAGAACCUAUAGCUGUCAGCUCCAGACAGUUAUCUCGGUUCCGCAGCCUUUUCAGCACCACUGAAACUGUUGAAAGUGAACCAUGCUGCAUGGAAAAAAAUCACCGCCCAGUCCAGCCGCUGAAAGGGAGAAAAGUCCGAGCAUCAUUCUUAUAGAGGACUUGUAUUCUAACUAGAGAACUGCAUCGGAAUGACAUUACACACUGACAGGGCGGUCGUAGUAAUAGCAGCUGUACCAUAUCUGUACCAUGUGGACACGGACAAAUGUUUCAAGCAAUAUUUAGAAUAAUGUCAAUUUUUUAUUUGUAUACUUAUAAAUAGUAACAUUUUAUUACUUACAAUCGUGUUUUUUAUUUUU